UGAGGCGGUGACAAUGGGAGCAGCGCGGGCGGCGCCGGGAGGCAGCUGACGGGCGUCUGAGGCUCCGCUUUAUGGCCGCUCUCCAGCCCCGCCUGGGCUCGGUGGGAAGUCGGGGAUCCCGCGGCGUCCUGGAGCCGGAGCUGGCGAGCUGAGCAGGGACCUGUGCGCCGCGCCGCUGAGGCGCAGCAUGUGAAGAGGAGACGGCGUCCAGCGCGAGGCGAGCCUCUCAGCCGGCCGGGAUGGCUACGACGGCCGAGCUCUUCGAGGAGCCUUUUGUGGCAGAUGAGUAUAUUGAACGUCUUGUAUGGAGAACCCCAGGAGGAGGCUCUAGAGGGGGAUCUGAAGCUUUUGAUCCUAAAAGGUUAUUAGAAGAAUUUGUAAAUCAUAUUCAAGAACUCCAGAUAAUGGAUGAAAGGAUUCAAAGAAAAGUAGAGAAACUAGAGCAACAGUGUCAGAAAGAAGCCAAGGAAUUUGCCAAGAAGGUACAAGAGCUCCAGAAAAGCAAUCAGGUUGCCUUCCAGCAUUUCCAAGAACUAGAUGAGCACAUUAGCUAUGUAGCAACCAAGGUCUGUCACCUUGGAGACCAGUUGGAAGGGGUAAACACACCCAGACAACGGGCAGUAGAGGCUCAGAAAUUGAUGAAAUACUUUAAUGAGUUUCUGGAUGGGGAAUUGAAAUCUGAUGUAUUUACAAAUUCUGAAAAGAUAAAGGAGGCAGCAGACAUCAUUCAGAAGUUGCAUCUAAUCGCCCAAGAGUUACCUUUUGAUAGAUUUUCAGAUGUAAAAUCCAAAAUUGCAAGUAAAUACCAUGAUUUAGAAUGCCAGCUGAUUCAGGAGUUUACUAGUGCUCAAAGAAGAGGUGAAAUCUCCAGAAUGAGAGAAGUAGCAGCGGUUUUACUUCAUUUUAAGGGUUAUUCCCAUUGUGUUGAUGUUUAUAUAAAGCAGUGCCAGGAGGGUGCUUAUUUGAGAAAUGAUAUAUUUGAAGAUGCAGCAAUACUCUGUCAACGGGUGAACAAACAAGUUGGUGAUAUCUUUAGUAAUCCAGAAACAGUACUGGCUAAACUUAUUCAAAAUGUAUUUGAAAUCAAACUACAGAGUUUUGUGAAAGACCAGUUAGAAGAAUGUAGGAAGUCUGAUGCAGAGCAGUAUCUCAAAAAUCUCUAUGAUUUAUAUACAAGAACCACAAAUCUUUCCAGCAAGUUGAUGGAGUUUAACUUAGGUACUGAUAAACAGACUUUCUUGUCUAAGCUUAUCAAAUCCAUUUUCAUUUCCUAUUUGGAGAACUAUAUUGAGGUAGAGACUGGAUAUUUGAAAAGCAGAAGUGCUAUGAUCCUACAGCGCUAUUAUGAUUCAAAAAACCAUCAGAAGAGAUCCAUUGGCACAGGAGGUAUUCAAGAUUUGAAAGAGAGAAUUAGACAACGUACCAACUUACCCUUGGGGCCAAGUAUCGAUACUCAUGGGGAAACUUUUCUAUCCCAGGAAGUGGUGGUUAAUCUUUUACAAGAAACCAAACAAGCCUUUGAAAGAUGUCAUAGGCUCUCUGAUCCUUCUGAUCUACCACGGAAUGCCUUUAGAAUUUUUACCAUUCUUGUGGAAUUUUUAUGUAUUGAGCAUAUUGAUUAUGCUUUGGAAACAGGACUUGCUGGAAUUCCCUCUUCAGAUUCUCGGAAUGCAAAUCUCUAUUUUCUGGAUGUUGUGCAGCAGGCCAAUACUAUUUUCCAUCUUUUUGACAAGCAGUUUAAUGACCACCUUAUGCCACUAAUAAGCUCUUCUCCUAAGUUAUCUGAAUGCCUUCAGAAGAAAAAAGAAAUAAUUGAACAAAUGGAGAUGAAAUUGGAUACUGGCAUUGAUAGAACAUUAAAUUGUAUGAUUGGACAAAUGAAGCAUAUCUUGGCUGCAGAACAAAAGAAAACAGACUUUAAGCCAGAAGAUGAAAACAAUGUUUUGAUUCAGUAUACUAAUGCCUGUGUUAAAGUCUGUGCUUAUGUAAGAAAACAAGUGGAGAAGAUUAAAAAUUCCAUGGAUGGAAAGAAUGUAGAUACAGUUUUGAUGGAAUUUGGAGUACGUUUUCAUCGACUUAUUUAUGAGCAUCUUCAACAAUAUUCCUACAGUUGUAUGGGUGGCAUGUUAGCAAUUUGUGAUGUAGCUGAAUAUAGGAAGUGUGCCAAAGACUUCAAGAUUCCACUGGUAUUACAGCUUUUUGAUACUCUGCAUGCACUUUGCAAUCUUCUGGUAGUUGCCCCAGAUAAUUUAAAGCAAGUCUGCUCAGGAGAACAACUUGCUAAUCUGGACAAGAACAUUCUUCACUCCUUCGUACAACUUCGUGCUGACUAUAGAUCUGCCCGCCUUGCUCGACAUUUCAGCUGAGGUUGAAUUUAUAAGGGGAAUGUGUUGUACUUCAGCAGGCCUUGGUUGAUAGAAAGCACAGGAGAUUUCUUAUGACAUAGCCAACACUUUAUGGAAAAAAUGACUGUUUGAAAAAACAGCAGCCAUAUUUACCCUUGAAAUAUUUUUUAAAGAUGUGGACACUACUAGCCAUAUUUUGUUUUUUUUUUUUUUUACUCUUAAGUUGAUUUUUAAUACCAUUCCACUUCUGUGAAACUAUAUGUCAUGGUUUUCAUCCUGGAAAAUCUUAGUGUCAGAAGGCAAAUGAGAUGUUACCAGUUUUCCAGUUCAUGUUCUUUAAUGUAUUCCAUGGGAAAUUUUACCAUCCUGUUUUAUCAGUUUUAAUGACCUUCAGCACUGGUAAUUGUUAACCAAGUUAUUUUAGGUAUUCCUAGAGAACUUUUUCCUCUUUCGAAAGGUUAACAAUUGAGCAUAAUUUCCGUAGUUGGUUGACUGGAUUUUUUGUGAGGUACAACCAUAGUACUAUUUCAAGAAAAAUGUUAUACACUAAAAUGAUGAAAUGUUUUAUGUAGAUAUUAGGAAUGGAUUAGAAUAUAUCUGCUUUUUGGAGGAAAAAACACGACUUAAAGUUUACUAUUAUUUGGUAAACAGAUUUUAAGUCAUUGCUAGCAAGAAAUUAAUAAAACUACCUUGUUUUAUAUUUCAGUUAAGAUAAGGUGGAGGACCUUAACAGAAAGACAAUAUUUAUUCAUUGUUUUAAUAUUGUAAGGGAGGUAAAAAAGUGAGGUAUUCUCUAAAUAGUGCAAAUGAGAAAUAUUGACAAUGUUUAGCAACAAAGCAAUCCUUUAAUAUUUCUAUCUUAAGGUUAAACUGGAAUAAUUUGGGAUGGCUAAACAUGCAGAUAGUCUUAUAUUUUAAUAGGAAUUGGGAAUUGAUAGUCUAAAUCUGGAGAUGAGCUUUGCAAAGUUAGUUCUUUUUAAAUCUAUAGUUUCUGUAAUUACCUUUUUCAAGGCAUUUCUGAAGCAGUGCCUACUGAAUGUAAUUAAUUGAAUUGGCUUGAUAUGGUGACAUAAUAAAUCACUUAUAAAAUUUUAAAUAUCAAGUGGAAAUUUAGAAAGGCUAUUACUCUGUAAACUUGCUCUGUGAAAAUGCAUUCUUAAACUAUAUGUAGUGUUUCAGCUUCCAUUAUGCUGUUUAUAAUCUUAUAGGAACAGAUUAAUGUUCAGCUCAUUCUUGGCAUUUUUUUCUCUUAAUGUAGGCAUUUUGGCCUAAUUUUGGAAAACUACUUUUUUUUAAAGAAUGUUUCUGAGUGGUCAUCCAUUUUACCAAAACUUUCAGGUCUAGAGCUAGCUACUAUUUAAGUUACUGUUGACUGAAUUCUCUUCAUUUUCUGUUUAGCCCAGUGUUAUCAAGGUGAGCAAGACAAAUGAAGUAUGCCAACAUUUAUUAAAGCAUUUAAGGAAAUUGUGACAGCUUUAGAAAGCUGUCUAGUUUUCUAUUCCUUAGCCAAGGGAGAACCAGAAUAGGUUUUGGAUAGCAGAGAAAGUCAUAUGCUUGUAUUAUUGCCAUUUUGGAAAGCUCUGAUGUGAACUCACAUUAUACCUCUGUUACUUAAAAGCCAACAAUUUUAAACCAGUAGUUUUACUGGCCAUUUGAACUCUUUGUAUACAGUGUCCAUUUGUAAAAAGGGGUUGGGGGGUCGAUCUCAAAACAUGAGAGAACAUUUUAAGACUUCCAAAACAAAGAAGCACUUCAAAUUACUUUGUUUAGAUUAAUUUAAAAAUGUACGACAUAUACUUGUUGCAUAGAUAUUUUGUUAAUUAUUAUUCCCAUGCUUGAGUUCUGUGCAGUAUUUUGCAUUAUGUCCAUUGACAGGACAGUGACAAAGAAAACUCAUAAGUGAUUACUUAAUUUAGAAGUGUUAAUAUUAAUGCUCAAUAAACAAAUUCCCUGCAAUUGUUUUUUUUUAUUUUCACUUUAUUUUUUGCAUUUAAGGACUCCAUACUGAAUUUUAUAAAUUAUUUUUUAUUUAAAUUUUAAUUUUUAAGAUGUUUCUUAUUUUUUAUAACAUAGGUCUUCUCACUUCCUUUUUUAGCAGAAAUAUUCCAAUUUUUACAAUAUUUUUGAUAAUUACAGCCACUACAAAAUUUUACCCAAAAUUUAUGGCUCAAAAGAGAUGAUUAGUAAGGGAAAUGUUUUUCAUAUGUACAUGGUAAUUUUAGGUAGCAAUAAUGGAACUUUGUAUAUUCGUAACUUUAGCCAACAUUUGAAUAAAGAUAAUCUUUGCAAUUUUUCUGCAGUUCCACAUGAGUUAACAGCAAUAUUUAGGUAAUAUGUUGAAGUUGGAAAUGUGCUCUAAAACACUGCAAAUUAAUUAUUUUUCCAAAACUUGAGUAUAUUAUGUUUGCAUAAAAUGGUACAGAAAGUGAAAUACAGAACACAGAUUUAAGAAGGAAGUCGGGUGUUUAUAUGUUAUGAUAUUGAAAAAAGAUGUUCAACCAGAAUAGAUAAAUAGUCCUUAUGAAGAGCUAUUAAAUAACAGCUGGGUGGAACAGUGGACUGACUCUUCCAAGACACUUAUUAGCCUCAUUUUAUGAGGAUCCACUAUGGUUGCAAGUCCCUAGCAUUUUUCUUGUUUUAAAAAGAGCUGCUAAGUAGGUUAAUUUAUGAUAUACUUCAGGCCAUUUUCUUUCAUUUUAAGUAUUUCACUAUCUGAAUAUCAGCCUUCUGGCUCUUAGUUAAAUAAGUGAAUUAUCAGCCACUACAUUGAUUCAAAGUGGAGAAUGUACUGCUUCCUUAAAAUUCUUUUUCUUGUCUGUGAUGUUGAAUAUUUACAAGUAACCAAAUAAAGAGAUUUAGGUUCCUGGAAUGCCACACAACCCCUUAAGGUAGUCCUGUGUUCAUAAGGCAGAGCCUGAGGCAUGCUUGUUGAGCUGUAUGUGACAGUAAGGUUCCCUCAGUGCAUAAUUUGUUAGUGACUUAAAAAGCUCACAUCCGGGAGUUUAACUGUUUUUGAUGCAAAAAUUUUCUGCAUACUACCUGUAUAUUGCCCAUUUUGGCUCAGAUAUGUGAUAUGUUUUGUAGUGGCAUACUGAGUUCUCCUGAUUUCUAAUGGAGCAUUCGAUACACAAACAUUCAGUGAUUUCAUCCACUUAGUUUAAUUGUAUUUAGUUCCUGUAGUAUUCUUUUUGUUUGAGAAAGUCUGUCCUGAAAUACGUGUGUACUUUGGAGGAAAAGACCAGUCCAUAUUGUUAGAGUAAAUAAUUCUACAUAAAGUAAAAAGAGCAGAUUUUUAAUUUUGAUGCACAAUAAAGAUAAUUAUAGCUACAUUUAUGGACUUAAGGUCCAUGCACUGUGCUAAGCCCUUUGCAUUUAUUAUCUCAUUUGAUUCUAAAACAGCCCUAGGGGUUGUGUACUUAUUAUACCCAUUUGACAGAUGAAAUACGUAAGGCAUAUAAAUGUUAAGUAGACCUGUUCAGGGUCUACAGCUAGUAAAAGGCUGAGCUUGAAACCUAACUCUGCACACACUGUUUAAUACAAGAUUCUUAUGUAACAUUGAAUAGGUCCCUUUUUUUUUGAUAGGCUCAUCACUUGAUUAAUUUUAUUUUCAUCAAAUGUUUAGUUCUCAUUGUAGUGUUUAGGUUAUGAAAUUGAUAUACAGUGUCAGUAUCUAAUUUGCCAUUGGAUUUUUUUAAUGUGUGAUAAUACUUUUAAACUUGGUUUUUAAAAUUGUGUAAGUGGGCAUGAAAUUUUAAUUGAAGUUUGUACCUAAUAGAAAUAUUUCCAUCAAAAAGUUCUCUUUAGUGAGUAUUCUUUUACAUAAUACUGUUUCUACUUAAUUUUAUAAUAUAAAGAGUUCAAGUAUUUUGUACCAUAUCUUGUAACAUGGGAGUAAAUGACAACUCUUUGGAAGAUAAGAAGAAAUCAGUAUUUCUGCCUUCAAAAACAAAUUAUUUUAAUGUCAUAAGUUUGCCGAUUCUAUUAAUUAUUUAGGACAUUGGUAGUUUUUAAAUGGCUAAUGUAGGAGUGCAAGUGUGAGGGGAAAAUGUACUCAGUUUAUUAAUAAUAGGUAAUCAUUUCUAUGUAUCAAAAAUUACAUGUCUAAUCUUUUUAAAAGUUGCCUUAACUCUUAACUUUUAUUUGUACCAGUGAUCAGUUCUUUCUCUUUCCAAAUUUAAGGAGGGGAAAUCCCACAAGUGUAUAUGAGAGAGAAACAUGAUACAUUAGAGAGUAAGAAAUUUAUUUGGUGAUUUGAAGCAGCUAGGCUGAUAACCCUGGGCUUAACAAGAUUGGUAUUUUUAAACUAGGUCCUGUACACUUUAACACUAUUAUUUGGGAAGUAGCCGUAAAGCAGUUCUUAUGAUUACUAUCACUUUUGGGGGAAGAGACAGGUAAUUAACCAUAGUUGCUCAUUUUCUAAGUGGUUUAGAAGGUUUCAGUCUGCCUCACCAUACAAAGCCAAUUUAAAUAUGAAUAUAUCACAUCAUACUCCAAGCAGCAAACAGUCUAAGAGGAAAUUCAUUUAUUCAGAAGGCAUAGUUUUGUGCUAGAUAGCAGUGAUGCAUUACAAAUAUAUAAUUAUUUGCACUAAUAUUUGAGCAGGUGGAAUGGAUUAGAAAAUGGUCAACAUUAUACUGCUGAUAACAUGUAUUUUUCUAUAUUAAUAUGUACUGUGCAACAUGUAUUAAUAUUGUCAAUAAUUCAUUUUAGCCAUGAUACUAAUAUUUAUAUUACUGUGUUGAAGAGACAGUAUCCAACUGAGCCACUUUUAAUUUAAAAGUCAAAUUGGUUAUUAAGUUUACUUUCAGAAACCACUUAAAUUACUUUAUAAUCAUUGGGAAGUCAGUAAAACAGAAUCAUCAGUGACUAGUGACUUAAUAGGAAGAAAUAUGCAGGGUUAAGAAUAGGGGGAGAAAUAUGGAGUAAGUUGUUUAAUUUAUAGCUCAGAUGAAUGACUUCCUCUUGUUUUCACCAUUGGCAGUUUUAAGUGAAGGAAAUGUCUUAUUCCUUCCAGAGAAUCUUCAUAUUAGUAAACUAAGCCUGAAGAUUGGAUGGACCCAACUCCAAGAAGUUAACCUCCUGUAGUGGACAUUCAAAUUUUUUAGAUUAAACUUGGAGAGGUAGGAAGCUUUCAUAAUGUCCCUGUUAUCCUAAAUAGGCAGAUGCUUUUGAAUGAGGCCAUCUCUUUUUACCUGCCUAUCAUUUUAAUCUUUAUACUGUGGGUAAAUUUGGUUCCUUUGAACUCUGGUGUUUUGUUACGACAAUUCUAUCAAAUCUGCAGCCUUUUGCUAUAGAGAAUAUUAUCCAAGUAGAAUCUGGAAAAUGCUGACCUAAAGAAAACUGAAACUACCUCUAAGUAUAUUGUUUGCAGAUGCUGUGUGCUAUUUAGAGGAUUCACAUGGAAUUGUGUGAAAAUACUUGAUAAGGUAUACUAAGUGCCUUUAUAUUAGGAUUCUCCAGUGGGAUGUAUUUUUAAUUUUUGCCACAUGGGGGAGAUGUUAUUUUUAUAGUAAUACCUACAUUUUUGUUUGAUUUUAAAAAUAGAACUCACAUAGCUUCUCUCUACUGAACAGCACCUAGGAACAUGUCACUAUCCUAACAGGAAAAGAGAGUGCGUGUGCGUAUGUCCAUACACACAUGUGCGUACAUACUUAAAUGAGAUUCAGAAGGUUAUUUGUGAGAAAAAUUUUAGGGCAACUUGACACAAAAUUAAAACAGUUUUGAAGAACAUAUGUAUACACAGGAGUUGUCCAAAGUCCAUAGUAAUUAAAGUUAUUUUUUUUAGAGUUACAGAUCAUGAAUUCCUUUAUCAACUCUAAGAAUAAUAAUCUAUGGACUGGUUUUCUCCAUUCUCCUUAAAAAAAAACUUUUUGAAACAAUCUGAAGCUUAUAGAAAUGUUGUAAAUACUGUACAAAUAAAAAUUUUCCACUUUAACAGUAAGUUGCUGGUAUAAUAACACAUCACCUGUCAAUACCUUCGUAUUUCCAAAAAGAAGGAAUUCUUCUAUAUAACCAUGAUUACAGCCUUCAAAAUCAGGAAGUUAACAUUGAUUUAUUACUCCCAUCCAAUCCUUAGACACCAAGUUUCAAGUUUUACUAAUGAUCCCAGUAAGGAUUAGUUCAAAAUCUUAUGUUAGCAUAGGUCAUAAGCUCUCUGGUUCCUUUCGCCUUGGAACAGUUCCUUAGUCUUUCCUUGACUUUAGUUAUCCUUAGCAUUUUUGUAGACUAUAGGACAGUUAUUUUGUAAAACAUCUGUCCUUAAAUUUGGAUUUAUCGGUUUACUCAUGAUUAGAUUCCAGUUGUGCUUUUUAUUGGCAGGGGUAUUAUAGAAGCAAUUUUGUGUUCUCAUUGCAUCCUAUCAGGUAGUGUACAAUUUCAGUUUGCCUCAUUUCUGAUGAUGUUCAUUUUGAUCAGUUGCUUAGAAUACUACCUUUCAGGCUCCGUCACUGUAAAUUAACUGUUUUUCUCUCAGUAUUUUGUGGGGAGGUAAUUUGAAGCUAUUUAUAUAUCUUGCUCUUAAUCAGAAUUUUAAAUUAUUAAUAUUAGUAAUGAUUUGUGGUUUUCUAGUCAAUGGAUUAUUUCUUUUGACUCUUGAAUUAUCCCACAGUUGAUCAGUGGGAGCUCCCUUCAGCCUGGCUCCUGUGUCCUUUUGACAUGUUGUCAUCAUUUUUUAAAGCACUUCUUACUUUUGAGCACGCAAGAUUUCCCAAACUCAUUUUGUGCUUCCUUGUUGCCUCAGUUCUGGAAUCAGCCAUUUUUACGCCUUUUAGUGGAAAUUGGUAUUUAGAAGCCACAACUUGUGUGUGAGAUGUCUUAUUAUGAUUGGGAUGCCAUUGCCCCCACUCCUCCUCAGUGGACAGUGCUAGAGAGCUUUAUGUAUGUAUGCAGCACACACAUGUAUAUAUUUUAAAUGUACACACACAUGCAUACGGUUCUUUCUUUGUGUGACACCCUUCACACCCCACUUGAACUCCCAACACCUCAUUUUGGGUUUUUUCCCUCCCCACUCAGGAGGAGGUCUUGUUCACCCCUUUUAUAGCCACGAAGCUUUGGCUAUAGGACAGAGUUGGGGGAAUGAAAAUGGUCAUUACAGAAAACAUGUAAAAAAAAUUUAAAAUCUAAAUAAAAAUUA